GUGAAUUAUUCCUCUUGGAUCUGACCUUUCCAAUAGCCAGACGCUGGACUUGUCUGAGCACUCCCCUCGCCGUGCACAAUGAAGCCACCGGCCCUGCGCCCCUGGCUUCCCACGUCGGCCCUGAGAAGGCGGUUCGUGCAGAUCUCUCGACGCCCGUACGCCGUUCAAUCCCCCGGCGCCCCGACUCUCCAGAUCUUCAACGAGAACGUCAAGUACCUCCAGAAAGAACGAGCCGCCUCCAACCCCGAGUACAGCCGCAAGACAGACUACCUCAAAGAUGAAGUCGCUCGGCGGCUGGUCGACCGCCUCCUCGACAUCAACCGCCAAUUUCCUCGGGUUCUCGACCUGGGGGCGAACAGCUGCCACAUCGCCCGCGCGCUGUCCGAACCACCCAUGACGGCGCCCGAGGUCCCAGAGGGUCAGGCUGAGACGAAAAUCCCCUUGUCCGAUCGGGUCCAGCACCUCGUGUGUGCCGAAACCUCGCAGGCGACGUUGCACCGGGACGACGGCCUGCCUGCGCCCCGGGUCCCCGUCACCCGGACACUCCUCCCCUCGCUCGAGACGUUGCCCUACGACUCGAACAGCUUCGACGCGGUCCUGUCGAGCCUGUCGCUGCACUGGAUCAACGACCUGCCCUCGGUGCUGGCGAGCGUCAACAACAUCCUCAAGCCGGACGCCCCGUUCCUGGCCGCGAUGUUCGGCGGCGACACCCUGUUCGAGCUGCGGUCUUCCCUGCAGCUGGCCGACCUCGAGAGGCGAGGCGGCGUGAGUCCGCACGUCUCCCCGCUCGCGAACGUGCGGGACGUGGGGAACCUGCUGAACAGGGCCGGUUUCAAACUGCUCACCGUCGACGUCGACGACAUCGUCGUCGAGUACCCCGACACGUUCGCCCUCAUGACCGACAUCCAAGCCAUGGGCGAGGGCAAUGCGAUCAUGAAGAGCAUGGGUGGGCCGAUGAGUCGGGACGUGCUACUGGCGAACGAGGCCAUCUACAGAGAGUUGCAUUGCGGCGAGGACGAAAAGGACAGGAUCCCGGCAACGUUCAGGGUCAUUUACAUGAUCGGGUGGAAGCCUGGUGAAGGGCAACCCGAGCCGUUGAAACGAGGGAGUGGAGAUGUCAAUAUAAAAGAUAUCCUCGGUGGAGGAGACUUUGGACAAUAGCACGUACCAAGAUUUGUACAAAUACAAAAGGGCUUGGGUCACGCAGCGUUAGUCUAUACUGUACGGCAAGACCUCGAGAAGAAUGAGACUGUAGAAUCUUAUGUGCAGAACAAAAACAUAUCUUUG